GUCUAAGAAACUAGGGUUUUUUUCAUCCCUCAAAGAACGACCCACAUCCUCCAUAGAUUGAUCUCUAUCUCUUCAUUUCUCACAAGAAAUCAAACACUUUACAUUCAUAGGGACACAAUUGCAAGGAUCCUCACUCAAAUUUCUUGAGAAUACCUUCUCAUAUAUAACACGAUCAUCUUCACGAAAAUGGCUGCCACCAUUGCUUCGGUCGGCUCAAGCUACGAUCGACAAUCGGAGCUCAAAGCAUUCGACCAAACAAAAACCGACGUCAAAGGCCUCGUCGAUGCCGGAAUCCGGAAAAUCCUUCCCAUUUUCUUCCACCCACGGGACACCACUCCCAAAAUAUCCACCACUGUUUUCAAGAUUCCGGUCAUAGACCUUCAAUCGACCCAUAGAGCAUCGAUGGAGGAGAUGAUUCGUGAAGCCUCCGCGAACCUAGGUAUUUUUCAGGUGGUGAAUCAUGGGAUUCCUAUGAGUGUUAUGGAUGAGGCGGCUCAAAGAGUUCGUAGAUUUCACGAACAAGAUGACGAGGUGAAGAAAGGGUUUUACACGAGGGAUCUUUCGAGUACAUUAGCGUAUAACAACAAUUACGAUAUGUAUAGUUCCCCCGCCUUGAACUGGAGAGACACCUUCUUUUCAUUUAGGGCUCCAUCACCUCCACCGCCUGAGGAAUCACCGGAGAUUUGCAGAGACAUUUAAAUUGAGUACUCAAAUCAAGUCAUGAAAUUUUGAGGCAUACUUUUCAGAUUCUCAGAGGUAUUGGGGUUGAACGUGAAUCACCUUGGAAAUCUCGAUUGUGGCAAGGGGCUUUUAUUCUCUGGCCAUUAUUACCCUGCUUGUCCACAACCAGAGCUAACCACGGGCACAAGCAAUCAUACAGACGGCGGAUUCCUAGUUGUGCUUUUACAAGAACAAACCGAAGGUCUGCAAAUCUGCCAUCAA